CAAUCCGUAGCGAUUUUAUUUAAAAGAUCCUGUCGAAACUUGUCGUCAAAUAAAAAUGUCUUUCUCCAGGGGUGAUAUUACUUUAGAAAAAUUGAAGAAGAAAAAGCGUAAAGAAUUAAGCGAAGAACAAAAGCAGGAAAUAAAAGAAGCGUUUUCCAUGUUUGACGGGGAUAAUGAUAAUAAUAUAGACUAUUACGAAUGCAAAACUGCAAUGAAAGCUUUAGGAUUCCCUGGGAAAAAAGAGGAAGUUUUAAAAAUUAUGAAAGAUUACGAUCGUAACAAUUCAGGGAAAUUAUCAUUCCAAGAUUUUAAUGAAGUCAUGACUGACUUAAUACUACAAAGAGAUCCUCAGGAAGAAUUUAGAAAAGCCUUUCAACUAUUUGACGAUGAUGGUACAGGUUCAAUCAGUUUGAGAAAUCUUCGAAGGGUAGCAAGAGAGCUACAAGAAACAAUGAAUGACGACGAACUUCGUGCUAUGAUUGAAGAGUUUGAUCUAAAUGGAGACGGUGAAAUUAAUUAUGAAGAAUUCUUGGCCAUAAUGACUGGAGACUUGUAG